AUGUCGCAAGCAUUCAGCAGCUGCAACCUUCCCACAACUUUUCGGCAGGAUCGGCGCCUCACAAUCUCGAUGGCUGCAAGGACGAUGUCCUGGAGACGCUCGAGGCCGCUGGGGUCUCGCAAGCCGAGCUUGUGCUUUGCGGGCAUUCCUUCGGCGGGAAGGUGGCCCUGGCCGUCCUUCGUGCUUUGUCAGCCCAAGGCAAGCCUCCCAGGUGCACUUGGAUCUUUGAUUCCGUUCCAGGACGGCCAGCACAAUCUUCUGCAGAAGAGGAGCGGCGGCUGCAAAGUGUGA